AUGCAUCCCUUCACUUACCUAGUACCCGCGCUCUACUUCAAUGCUACUGUCAAUACAGUCAAACCUCUAGGCCACAAUUCCUUCGGCGCCGCACUAAAUUUGUUCGAAUUCGAAAGCGGAACACUGUACACGGAGCCAGAGUUUGACUUCCAAUUCACCGCUUCGGUGACGCCCGCGGUCAACUACGCGACCACGAAUGAGGCUGCCGGGACCAGCCGUCCAGAUUUCCGCGGAACAGUUACACCAAGCGAUGGCUCUGCACCCUUUCAGAUGAGAAUGGGUGGAGUACAACUGGGCAAUGAGGCCGUGUUGCCAGUCAUCUCCGGAAACGCACCAACGGGACUCGAAGUCCCAUACGGAGCUGUAUAUAGAGUUCUUAUCCCGGAAUUUGAAGGGGGUGAGUCGGAGUACAAAAUUUUGGAAGACUCGGUGUUUGUGGCGUCGGAGACAGUUUCUGAUUCUGGCGUACCUGGAAAGUUCUUGCUAGGAGUGAAGAUAUCGAAGGUGUUCGCUGCCGAGACGGACAUCACGAUUGGUGAGGAGUUUUUUGGAUAA